AUGGUGAACAAACAACGUGCUCGGUCUCCGCCCAGCCCUCCACUCAACAAACCCGUAGGUAGGGCAGUAUAUACUGCCCACACAGUGAGGCAAGGCACUGGGCAGGCCUGCCCGGGACGCGCGCGAGCGCCAGCCUGAAUAUUCGAAACCAAUAUUGAGCUCGGGCCGCCUUGUUUGAGGCGUGCCUGAGGCGGAUGCGGGCGGUGUGGGUCAGCGUGGGUCAGCGCGCGAGGCCCAGCGCGCGAGGCCGGGCCCCUUACUCAAAUGUUUUGGCCACAUUCCACUCAGAGUCGUUGGCUGGGCUGGCGGUGGCAUACUCCUUUGUGGCGAUUUCGCAUCCUCCUUUGCAAGCAGCAGUUCGAGCUGCUCGAGUCGUGUAUCCAUCGCAACCCGAGUGCCUUGCCGCUGGUGAGUGGAUUGAUUGUCGAGUUUGGCCGGCACCGUGCACGCGUCUGUCCGUGAUGAGGUCGCGAACGAACUCUGAUUGACUUCACUGCGUUUCGCAUCUCCACUCUCCUCGCCCGUAUUCGACUGAACGAAGAGGGCGCCACGUCUCCCUUGACCUACUUCGACUGCCUAUCUACUUGCUGUCGACUCGCACGACCGUUGUACGAUCUCUCUUGAUCAACACUGAGUGCGCUUGGAACUUCCUCACGUGACCGUCAUUCCGAGCUCUCGGUUGAACCGACGAGCUCUCGUCUCGACCGAUCUCGCCACCAACGCCACCAAUUCCGCAAUCGACUCACAGUAUUUUCAGACCAACGCGACGAAAGGAAUGACUCCCAAUUCCUCCCCCAUUCGUGGCUCGGCUAGCACCGCGCACUCAGUCCCUGUCACCGAUUCGAACGCCGAUUGCCGCGACGAAUUCGAAUGUCGAGAGGACGAAGGCGAGCACGCCGAGAGUGAGCAUGAAGCAAGCGAGGGUGAGGGCAAUGAGCAGGGCAUGGGAAGCCUUGCUGCACGACGUGAGUCUCUUGUCCUAUCCGUCCUCGGACUCGGGGCAGACCCGGGACUUUGGCGCGAAUUUUUACUGACGGUUGCUGCUCGCCACCCGCCGUCUGGCUCUGGCCGAGAUUCUAGUUCAAGCGUCGAAUAACGCGAUCAUCGCCAGUUGCACUAGCACAUCCAACUUGGCGCCCAAGACAGUCAGCGCAUACGAAAAAUCGCUCAAAUCUUACACCAAAUUCAUGGCUGAAACGUGGCCCGGCGCUUGCGUUCGACCGAUCGACCCAGAUAUGGUCUUGAAUUUUUUGAGCUCCGAGUCCAAGCGACCCGCGCGCAGAUCAGGUACGGGUGUCGAUCAAGGCGAGGACAUUGAAGGCACGACCAUUGGUGUUUCGGUGCUGAAAAAUGUGAGUAUUAUAUCUCAACUAUGGCUUUUGACUGGCCUCUGCACCUAGCGAAUUGGGCGUCUAUUGAUCGCGCCAUGCCGGCUUCCCCACCGUUCAUAGCAUCUCAACGCCCUCGAACAUGUAAGCUCGCAUGCCUUUCCCUUCGUACCCGCAAUGAAUCUACUCCCUUGAAUAACACAUGUUGCUUGCUUUUGACGUGCCUCCAGUACCGUGUAAUCGAUUCAAUUGAUCGCACAAGCGUUGCGGCCCGGGGCAAGCUGCGAGAUCUUCCCCCGAUCGGUAAUCUCGAGGCCGGCUGGAAGAAACGCGAGGCCGGUCGAAAGAAGUCCGCCCAGACCAACAAAAUCGAAGGAACGGCAUCCGACAAUGUCACCAAAGAAGAACAACUACAAAUUAGUGAACACCUUCUUUGCCAGGGGCCGACCGGUAAGCUGACUGCCGUACACUCGGUGACCCGGUCGCUUCGCAACCGCGCCAUGUGGGCAGUCUCGCUCGCCACGCUAUUCCGCGGCGACAACACUCGUGCUCUCGCCUUCUCGGAUUUGUCAAUGCGAGCGCUCGAACGACCGGAUCACCCGCCGAUCAAGACGCUCUAUAUCGUGGCCGAUUCGGGCAAGACGAACAAGGAAGGUCGUCUCGACUACAAGCCCGUUGCCCGUCAUUUCGACCCUCGUAUUUGCAAUGUCGGCGCGGUCGCCUUCUACAUGUGGUUCCGCGAUGAGUACACUGGAGGACUCCCAUAUGGUUCGUUCGAGCCAGAUUUCUCUAAAGGCAGUUCGAAAUACGGGUAUCGAGAAUGGUACAACGUCCCCCUUUUCCCGAGCGCAUUUAGCGGCGACGCACAGCUGCAUCCGAUCUCCUACUCGGGUGAGUCGGCACUCUUGGUGCCUGAUCGGAGGGCGCUUAGAUCGGUCGGUCGCUGACUGAAACCUUUGCUCGUCUUCGCUUAUGCCUGCGAUGGGGAUGGGAUCUUCAACUUUGCACAUCACACUCCUUGAGGAACGUCGAAACGGCAACGUUGUGACCUAGACGAAGAAGAUGGCGUUCUAGUCACACGACUCAUCUCAGUCGCAUUGCUGGUGCCCAAAUGUCGGCGGAGAGAGGCGCGAAUGAAGCCGACACGAAGGCUCUUGGAGGCUGGAGCGAUGGCACCUUCCGCAGCGUCUACCAACGUGGCGAUCCAACCACCUCCUUCAUUGCCCUCGCCGGUUUUAAUGGAAAGUUUCCCGAGAGGUACUACGUGGCUCGUGAUAUCGAGGCUGGUAUGUCUACUCCUUCAUCGAGCUUUUUGGUCUGGCAAUAUUGACCUCUCCGUCUCGUCGCUUUCCCAGAUGUGCCUGACGAUCUUCAACGACUUAUCUUCCCAUGGGUCGAAGCCGCUUUGGCCGAAUUCGAGGAGCGCUUUGAGGCCGAUGAGCUCUGUCAAGACAAGGCGUUGGUUGGUCACUUGAAGCUGCUCCAAUGGUUCAGACUCGUCAUCCUUCAAGAUGCGGCGUUUUUGAUUCAAGCCUUUCCAGAUGCACCGAUUUUCCAAGCGAGCCUGUUUCAGUCGGACCGAUUUCGAACGUGGGCUCCGCAUUUUGUGGCCAGUGUGGAGGGGAAUGGCCGUGAAGAAGCCGCCCUCAAAGUGGUGUACGGCGGCCUCCUUGAUUCCAUCGUCGACAGGCUUGGCGCCCAGCAAUCCUCGGAGCGCCAGUCUGCAACUGCUCACCUUCGCAGCGAUAAUCGUCGAAUCUUGGAACUUCUCAUCGAACAGCAUAAUCGAGGCGGUCACUUUCACGGUCAUGUAAGGAAGCGACGACGACACGAAUUUGUCCGCGACUUCGAUGACGACGAUGACAAUUCCGACGACGAUCGUCGUGAUUUGUCGGAUGCGCACAUGUCCGCGCCUACAAGUACGUAUCUGCUACCUUCUGCGUGCAUCAACUGGUGUUCCUACCCAAUGCUUACUUGCCUCUCCUUUGUAUUACCCUUGUAUUAGGAUAUCGAGAUGCUAGUCGGAGGCCGCACCCACCGCAAUCGCCUUCGUCAAGCCCAGCCUUAGCUUCGCCCUCAUCGUCUCGAGGAGUACCGGCACCCGGGGCCCAUUCCCCCGCCUCGCCGUCCCGAUCUGUCAGUUUCCGAACCCCGCCUUCCCGAUCGACGAGUUUCCGAACCUCGCCAACCCAACCAGCGAUCUCUCAUACGGCCAUGCGCGCAGCUGUCCCACCAGCCGCCGCGGGCAAUCGAUCGGAUCGCAUGCGCGUGGGCCAAUCGCUGGCGUACCGAUUACCGUCUCAUCAUGCGACCAUGGACGCACUCUUGCGACCUCCAGCAGGCGACCAGUUGGAGGAUGUUGGCCACCUGCUCGCCGAAUACCGACGUGUCAAGGAGAGAAACCCUAUGUAUGUCGAUCCGCGACUCGAAGCGCUGGGCCUCGAUGAUCUUGCCCGGUUCCCUGGCACGCUCGUAGAAUGGAGCACCACCAUCACACCCCCCGGAUGGCUUCCCGUCGUUAAGUUCAAUCCUGCUACAAAUGUGGAGGAUGUGUAUCUCCUUUACGAAACGGGUGUGGCAAAGGAUGGGGAUCGGCGAAACCCGUCGAUGCCUUGGCGCGAAAUGGAGCGCCGCUUCGGAACUCGCUGGCGCGGUGCGCCAGGUCAAACCGCACCCGGUGUCGAAUGGACUCGCAUAAACAGGGUCCUGAAGUUCAUCAACGAGGCCGUGGAAGGAGUUCCAUCUCGACAUGGUACCUUACAGCAACGAAGUGAGCUCGUUGUGGCAAGCAUCAAGACGGCGCUUGCCCCCGCGGACUUCGCAAGGUACCGAAAGUUCUACGAGCACAUGCAGAAGAAGGACACGCGCGAAGUCAAUGGAGCGCAACUCAACAACUACGAUGCUCUCAAAUUGGCGGUCCGAGUCCAGUACCAAUAG